GUUUAUUCUAAAUUAACUUUAGUGAUUGUAAAAAUUAAAUACAGAAAUGGCAGAUGAUGUAUCCGAAGAAGAAACGAAUGUCGUUCAAAUACAAGAACCAGAAGAGAAAGACGCCGGCGUGACCGACGAAAGGGUUAAAUUUGUUCAAACAGUCGCUUUAGCUGAGGGUGAAUUAGAUAGUCCGAUUAAUAUCAACUUAACAUAUACCGUGCCAAUUGACCUACCCCCCUUAUACUUUGCGCAUUACGAAGUUUUAACGAAAAAAGUAAAAUUAAAAAACAACGGCAGAACAAUGGUUUUAAAUUGUACUUGGCAACCAAAACAACCUGUGCCCUAUUUAGUGGGCGGUCCGUUCACUGAUAGAUACGAAUUUUCACAAUUGCAUUUCCACUGGGGUAACACAUGCAUGGAAGGAAGUGAACACACCGUGGAUGGAGUACAACUACCCCUCGAAAUGCAUGUGGUGCACUUCAAAACUGAAUACCUUACACAUGAAAAAGCGGUCAAACAACCCGACGGAAUUGCUAUAGUGGUCUACCUCUUCCAAUUAGUUUUAUUUCAGUUACACGCCGAAAUCAAUCCGGCCAUUCAGACCCUACUCGAUUCCAUUGAAACAAUAGAACAUGCAGAUACUCAUGUGCGACUGGAAAAUUUCCCAUUAACUUUUAUCGUUGAACCGUUUAAUGUCGACUACUUUUUGUAUUUUGGAGCCAUACAUACAAGUGUAUUAGAUCAUAAUGUUAUAUGGUUAAUUAGCAGACAUGUAAUGAAUGUUACAGAUGACCAAAUAGAACAUUUUCGAUAUUUGUACGACGUAUUCGAUGAACCAAUGUUGAGAAAUUUUAGACCAAUACCUAUUGAUGUGGCUGAAAGAAGUGUUUUUCAUGUUUGCCCAUCGACAGUUCUUAUCUCUACUCUUUUGCAACACCUACCGCCUGAGGAUACUUAUAUUAAGCCAAAAUUAUGCAAACAUUCCGAAGAAGAAGAAGAAGAAGAGGAAGAAGAGGACGGGGAAGAAACUACAGAGCAAUCAAUCUGUUAUUGUCCAUGAAAUUUAAUUAUUUAAUGCGUACGAAAUUGUUUUCUUUAGUUAUUACUAUUUCGUGUUUUUUUUCCGUGUGAAAUAUCGAAUUACAAUUUAUAAGAUUUGAAUUGUAUUUAAUUUAAUAUUAGUUAACAAAUCCCAUACUAAAGAAAAGUCUAACGCAGCUGCAUGUAAACAUCAUAUCUAAAU